AUGAAUAGAAAUGGAUAUUUGACACGAAUGAAUUUUGAUUUGAAAGCAGCAACCGAGUAUUCCUCGAUUAAUGCCUCGUUUUUGAUUCAUUGCAGGGAGGAAAAUCCAAGUCGUGAGACGGAAAACAAAGUUGGUCGGCAAUUUCGACCGCUCUACGACAUCCCAUAUAUGUUCGAGGCACGAGAAUUUUUGCGUAAACGUCUGAUCGGUAAAAAAGUUCAGGUCACAAUCGAUUAUGUUCAGCCAAAAUCCGAACAGUUCCCUGAAAAAGUCUGCUGUACAGUAAUGUCUGGUGGUUUGAACGUCGCUGAAGCACUUAUUUCCAAGGGACUCGCAAAAGUUGUGCGAUACAGAAUUGAUGACGACAAUCGCUCUUCACAAUAUGAUGCUUUGCUAGCUGCGGAGGCGAAAGCGGAGAAAAGCAAAAAGGGUUUAUUUGCAGACAAAGAUGUGGGCGAAAAAGGCUCUGUUUUAAGAAUACAGGAACUGCAAGGAGUGGAAAUAGAAGUGGAAGGAAUGGAUAAAUCAGGAAGUUUCAUUGGUUAUAUGUUCGUUCAAACGGAACAGGGUCUUUGCAAUAUGAGUGUAGCACUGGUCGAGAACGGCCUGGCAACUGUGCAUUUCACUGCCGAAAAAGGUGCUUAUUAUUCACAGCUCUGUGCCGCUGAAGAACGAGCCAAAAAGGUUGUCAUCUUUUUUUAA